AUGCUUACUGUUCGCGACACUGCUGCUGCUCCUUCUCCUCCUACGAUCCUUCUGCCGGAAAGUACCCCAGGGGUCUCAGUGGGUAUGAUUGUUGUCAAGGUUUACGCGUUUGGAGGAUUGACCUUUGUGAUGGGCAUCAUUUUUUAUCCCUCUGUGGCUUGUUUUUUAAGCGAAGGUCGCCUCCAGGAAUCCAGCAGCGCCUUGACCCCUGGACCAUUGCUCAACGGCAACCUCACUCCCGCGCCCACAAAAUCCUCUCGGGGCAGAAAAUCAAGCCUGUCAACAAAUCAUUCGCCAAAGGGCAAGCGAGUGAGCUGGGCCUCCUCCACUGCCACGCUUGACGUAGAUGGAAAUGCUUCAAUCAAAUCUGUGGCUGACGCGGAGGGUAAAGAAUUUGACGAUGAACGUAUGAUCUCUCCCCGUCCUCCCACCCCAGGGCCUACAUCGCCUACUUCAUCGUUUCCCUUUUCUCCGACGAUCUCUGGUCCAACAACUCCUUCAAACCCGCCGCUCAGCCCCGCUCCAAGAGUUCACACGCAGAUUCCAAGGACGCUAACAAGCAUUGAACCUCGGGCGCCCCGUGGCCAGAUGAUGAUUGCCACCACGACGCCGGACGUCUGUGAGAGCUGGUCGAAGCCUACGCAGUUGCAGUGCAGUUUCUCGGAUUCCAUCUCGCCCUUAGAUACAUCCACGCACCCGUAA